CCGGAAGCUGCGGGCGGGCGUGAGGGAGGUGGUGCUGUCCGGCCUCUGGAACUUUCUUCCGGAGCUGACUUUCGCCCCGCCCCGUUCCGUCAGGUCCUCCGGCGCGUCGUCCGUCCCGCUGGGAAGCUGUCAGUCAUGGCGCUGUCCCGGCGACUGUGGCGUCUUCUCCCUCCGCUCCGCGUCUGGCCGCUGACGGGGUCCUGGGGCAGCCGUGGGCGCUGUGGCGCCUGGGGAGUCCGCGCUUGCGAGGUGAUAGGAAAUACAAGACCUUCCCAGAGAGGCCUCUUAUUCUCAGCCUUGGCUUAUUUGGGUUUUGAAACCUAUCAAGUCAUUUCUCAGGCUGCUGUGGUUCAUGCCACAGCCAAAGUUGAAGAAAUACUUGAGCAAGCAGACUACCUCUAUGAAAGUGGAGAAACAGAAAAGCUUUAUCAGUUGCUUAUACAGUACAAGGAAAGUGAGGAUGGAGAGCUACUGUGGCGGCUGGCACGAGCAUCCCGUGACAUAGCACACCUCAGUAAGACUUCAGAAGAAGACAAGAAAGUUUUGGUGUAUGAAGCUCUAGAGUAUGCAAAAAGAGCACUAGAGAAAAAGGAGUCAAGCUUUGCUGCUCAUAAGUGGUAUGCAAUCUGCAUUAGUGAUGUUGGAGAUUAUGAAGGCAUCAAGGUUAAGAUUGCAAAUGCCUAUGUUAUCAAGGAGCAUUUUGAGAAAGCAAUUGAGCUGAACCCUAAAGAUGCUACUUCAAUUCACCUUAUGGGUAUUUGGUGCUAUACAUUUGCUGAAAUGCCUUGGUAUCAAAGAAGAAUUGCUAAAGUGCUGUUUGCAAAUCCUCCUAGUUCCACCUAUGAGGAGGCCUUAAGAUAUUUUCACAGAGCAGAAGAAGUGGAUCCAAACUUCUACAGCAAAAACUUGCUGCUUUUAGGAAAGACAUACUUGAAGCUAAACAACAAAAAGCUUGCUGCAUUCUGGUUGGUAAAAGCCAAGGGUUAUCCAGCACACACCGAAGAAGAUAAACAGAUACAGACAGAAGCUGCUCACUUGCUUACAGGUUUGUGACAAGAACUGAGAACAUUUUGGAGAAAGCAACAACAUACCUAAUACUUUGUAUUUCACUGAUUUAUAAACAUGAUACAUUAACCAUCA